UUGAAAAGUAGAAGUUAACAGUGAAUGGGAGAGGAGGUGGUAUAAUAUUCGUGCUGGCCACAUAUGGCAUUGGUUAUCUGUGCUUGUCUGAUAGUGGUGCUUCGUUAGCUCUUUACACUCUCAAGGAUUUAACAGUUCCCGAGACGUCUUUUCCUUCUUUCAAUUUUUAAGAAGAUGCGUCUUAUUCAAAAUAUGUCGACUAUAGCGGAAUAUUCUGGCAGCGACUGUCCAGCCGGCAAAGUUAUUAAGAUUGCGGUCAUUGGUGACAGUGGCGUUGGCAAAACUGCUUUGGUGGUGCGCUUUCUAACCAAGAGGUUUAUCGGCGACUAUGAAAGAAAUGCAGGCAACCUGUAUUCCAGGCAGGUCCAGCUUGAUGGUGAACAGGUCGCCAUUCAGGUCCAGGACACCCCCGGCGUACAGAUCAAUGGACACAACUUAAACUGCAAUGAGCAGGUCAACCGAUCCAUCCAGUGGGCAGAUGCAGUGGUUUUGGUCUACUCCAUUACCGAUUAUAAGAGCUUUGAAAUAAUAAGCCACCUUCAUCAACAGGUCCGCCGCACACAUGCAGACCGUGUCCCUGUUGUUAUUGUGGCAAAUAAGGCUGACUUACUGCACAUCAAACAGGUUGAGCCACAGCAUGGACUGAAGCUUGCCAACAUGUUGAGGUGUACCUUCUACGAGGUGUCUGCAAGUGAGAACUAUAAUGAUGUGUACAAUGCCUUUCAUCUCCUCUGCAAAGAAAUUGCAAAGCAACACCAGGUAACCAGCAACACAGAAAAGAGGCGCUCCUCUAUUAUUCCUAGGCCCAAGUCACCCAACAUGCAGGAUUUGAAGAGGAGAUUUAAACAAGCUUUAUCUGCCAAAGUGAGGACUGUAACCUCUGUUUGAAGGGAACAACAAAAGGCUUUUUUGGUGUGGCAGUGAGUUUUCACAUAGUUAAGUGGAGAUUCAACUUUGAUAUGCAAAGCAGCAGCAGUUGCCAUUAGACAAAAGGGAACUGAGUUGCAGGAAGAUUCCAGACUGUAGCGUCCUGAAGAUGGUGGAACAGAGGGAGUACUAUAAUGAUGGAACAAAUGACUCUUAAUGAUUAUGGGUGUAAUGUGCUGCCAAAAGCUAAAUGCCCGCUUCAAGCUGUACAAGUUGCAACAAAUUUGGGUCAGUGUUGUGACAGCUGCGUGGUUAGAGUGGGUAGCCGGGUGGGGGAUCUGCCCUGACGAGUUGAAGUGUGCAGGCUUUCUAGUGAUGCUGCCUGUGUGGGGGUAAGUAAGUGUAAUGUGAAACCUGUACACAAAAUGCAAGUUGGCCUUGCACACAUUAUAGUUGCAGCUACAACGACAGAAUUGCUCCUUUUUUUGUCUGUCUGUAAGACAUUUGUAUUUAACUGUAUUAUAAAAUUAUCGGUGUGCAGUGUUUUUGAAGAGAUUUAAUGCACUUCAGUCCCAGUCCUGAGCUUUUUUUUAAUUCAGCCUUUGUUUCCUUAGAACAAUUAAGUUUGAAUUUUUGCCUACUUUAAGUGGCAUCCACUGUUGGCAGUGAAUGGUUACUUUUUUUGGUAAAUGUCAACAUAGUGUUUUACUGUAAGUGUUUACAGUUGUCAUAUUAAGUUGGUUUCUUCGCACCUUUGAAAACCCUGCCCUUUUAAAUAUGCACUUUAUAAAAAGGCUCAGGGUUCUGUGACUUAUUUAUGUUUACAAUUUUUUUUGU